UUCAUUUUUACUAUACUACUUAUGAAAAUUAAAUGUCUUGUUAAUAAUUGCAUAUCAUUUUUCUUUUUGGAUUUUAUUCAAUACAGUGCUUCCAAGUUGGGUCUUGUAUGUGCAAAUCUUCUUUUACUAUACAAAAAAUGUCCACAUUAGUCUCGCAUGACAACCCUCAACAUAGAUCAACACGUUUCAAUACCAUCAAGACAAUUUCUCAGCAUUCUUGAUCUUCCACCUCUCCUUCCUCACUUGUUUUCGUCCUUCUAGAGAGGUAAGAUCAGCAUUACCGUGGGAUUGGUAAGAGCUAGACUUGAUGGAUGCAUCUCCAACGCCGCCAGAGUUUGAUUAUUCCUUCAAGUUGCUACUUAUCGGCGAUUCAGGCGUUGGAAAGAGCAGUCUUCUAUUGAGCUUUACUUCAAAUACUUUUGAAGAUCUUUCACCAACAAUAGCUGGACAAGAGAGAUUCAGAACAUUCACCAGUUCACAUUAUAGAGGAGCUCAAGGAAUAAUAAUGGUGUAUGAUGUGACAAGACGUGAAACAUUAACGAGCCUUUCAGAUGUAUGGGCCAAGGAAAUUGAUCUAUAUUCUACUAAUCAAGAUUGCAUCAAAAUGCUUGUUGGAAACAAAGUUGACAAGAUCUUAGACACGCCAAGCCUCUUAGCAGAAGGCCCCUCUGUUGUAAAACGGAAUAUUUUCAAGCAGAAACCUCAACCAGAGGCUGCCACGAGUGGCUGCUGUUGCAAAGUGUACCCUUCUACUAGUGGUCUUCCUAUUGAUGGCUUCAUGCUGAUGUUGGUAGCAGUUGGUUCCAUCUCUACAGAACUUAUGUGGACAGGUUGGGCCUUCAAACAGGAAGGUCUUAAAGAACACCCACAGGUAAUCCUCCUGGUGUGGACCUAUGUUGAAUAUAUCCUUGGGAAGAUGGCUUCCCAUCCACUGCACCAAUUGCCUGUGUUGCCUGGCAUGAUCCUGGAGAGAGUUACGUCCACACAGAUGUUGGCCAGACGGAACCCGUGCUAAAAAUUUUGGUUCAUGUGUUUUGAUCCUCCUUUCAGUUGAUUAGAAGGUUUGGGUACAGGUAAUGUGGGAAGAGGAAGCAAUAUCAACUAGGGCCGAUUCAAUUCAAACUGGCACUGGUACGUAAAAAGAGGGCUGGGAGAAUCUUGCAUAGGGUUUUUUCUCAUGACACGAUACACUUUUCUCGUUCCUUUAAUGCAUCCUUGACAGUUGCGACUGCUUUGACCGAUCUG